AUGGCGUCGACCCUGCCAUAUCGACCUUCCAACGAAAACCUGUCCACGAAUCCCAAGACGAAUGGCCUCCCUCGAUUGUCCCCCGCGCCCUCCUUCAUAGGGCGCUCGCCCAGCGGCUCGCAUUCCUCGACUCGACGGACGUCCGCUGAGCCUGGAACCGGCUACAAGCCUCGCCGGUGCAAAUCGCAAUACCCAGUCGAUUCAUCCGAGCGCCAUGUGGAAUACAUCUUGGUGGCCUCCUUCCACAUCGACCGGGGUCCGAUCAUGGAGCAUCAAUACCCCGCUGCGAUUAGUGGCGACGAGAGCAUGCUGGCGGAGCUGAUGCUCCCCGACCAAACCCAUGUGCGAAGUCAGGAUUGGACCAUCUUCUUCCUGCACAAGGACACCAGCGGGGAGGUUGGAAAGAAGAAGAAAAAGCGCAAGUCAAAGUAUCGUGGCAACGAGGAAGGUGCCGACAUCCAGCAUGAGAAUCCAGACGAGGCCUCUGAGGAGGAAAGCAGUGACGACGAUGAGGAGGGUGGGGAAGGCCCGCCCUUGAUGUAUGUCCUGAAUUUGGUGAAUACGAAACAGGACAACACGGUCCGACGUGGUGCCGUCGUCAAAGCCAUGGCUAUCUGUACAAGGCAUUCCUUCCUCCAUAUCUACAAGCCACUCCUUCUCCUCGCGCUCGAGGAUUACUUCAAGUCACCCUACCCCGAAACCCUCGCAUCCCUCUACGAUGCCGUGAAUAGUAUGGAUCUUUCGUUGAUGCCCAAGAUGUCGAUACUAGAGCGCCAUAUUCUACAAUCCAGCAACACCAAAGAAAUGUUCAUCGAGAAAUUCGAGCAGAUGAUCCGUCAGCGAGAGGAAGAAGAGAGGGAGGACGUCGAAUGCCCACCAUCACCAAAAAAACUUAGUCGUCACGUCUUGCCGAGGGACACGCACGAGUUUGAAUCGAAAGUGGUCUACCACGAUAUUCCCAUCCCGGUCAAAAUUCCUACUGUGAUUUGGCCGGAGACCGUGGGCGAUUUUUCCCUGGUCAAGCUUAUACAAACCCAUCCUCAUUUGACCACCAGUGGCCCAUUCACGCACCCUAUCGUUGUCCUUGUCAACGCUAUCCUCACACAGAAGCGUGUAAUUUUCCUAGGGCACAAUCGACCAUCUGGAGAGGUGGCUGAGGCGGUCCUCGCGGCCUGCGCACUGGCGUCUGGCGGCAUCUUGCGCGGAUUCACUCGCCAUGCUUUCCCCUAUACCGAUUUGACCAAGAUCGAUGAUCUACUGAAAGUCCCUGGUUUCAUUGCCGGUGUUACCAACCCUACUUUCGAAAACCACCCAGAAUGGUGGGAUGUUUUAUGCGACCUACCGACGGGUCGUAUGAAGAUCUCGAGCCAUGUUGAGUCGGCUCCAGUGACGGAAGGCCUCCUUUUCUUCCAGCAGCAGAAUGCACUUUUGCCCAAUCACAAUUCGCACGCGCAUUCGGAUCCAACGGGAGACAACCUUUUCAUGCAAGACAUUUUGCGCAGUAUUGCCAAUCGACACGGCGAGAAUGCGAUCCGUGCAAAAUGGCGGGCCUACAUCACCAAGUUUGUCCGAGUGGCCGCAGCCUUCGAGGAGACUGUCUACGGUGCUUCAAAUCUCUACAUCAUCGGCCCCGGCGAGGAACUCUCACCCGAUAGUCCCACUGGCCAGCAGACCGAUGCAGCGGACCCUUCAUCACUCCGGGGGCAUGGCUACGUGUGGCCGGACGAAAUGGCCAAGCAGCGUGAACUCUCUGCGUCGGUAUCGCGAAUCGAGGGUUGGCGGAACACUCGGUCAUACUACUCCUACAUUCAAGAUAUUGCUGCGAUGUACUUCCCUGCCCGACCUAUUCAGCGUCCCGACCUGCACCAUCACCACGACCGUCUGCGGGCUCUGAAGCUUUCCCAUGCUGAGUCUGCCGCUAUCUAUAUGGCUCUUUCUCAUGCCGUGAAGGACUAUGCCGGCGUUUGCCAAUUGCUGACUGUGGCACCUGAGAAUCAGGCCGGUCUGUUUUAUAUUAGCAUGGGACUCUUCCACCCUGAUCAGGUCGUACGGGAAGCAACAGUCGAAUUGCUCGACCGCAUCGCUUCGCAUCCGGCCGGUCGUCAUUUCUGGGCACAUCUAAGUCGCUUUGCGAAAUUGGGUUACUUCCGGGUGAAGCGUGACCGUGAUGCAGCCCAAAGCCCUAUCUCUGGAGCCGGUUCUCCAACAAUAAACAACGCCGGGGCCAGCUUUGGCGGCGAGCCGCAGAGUCUGGUCGGUGUUGCACUUGGAGACAGCAUGUCUCGGAGAAGCUGA